UGAGCUCUCAGCCUUCUCUCUCUUCCCUCCCCUUCUCUCUCUAGCCAUGGCGAUUCGGGGAAGAAACCCUAACCCUAUCUUUCUCUCUCUAGCUCUCUUCUCUCUCCUCUCCAUCGCUUCUGCGAAAGUCUUCUUUGAGGAGCGAUUCGAUGAUGGAUGGGAGAAUAAGUGGGUUAAAUCCGAAUGGAAGAAAGAUGAGAACAUGGCUGGGGAAUGGAACUACACCUCUGGUAAAUGGCAUGGAGACCCGAAUGAUAAAGGUAUCCAAACAAGUGAGGACUACAGAUUCUAUGCUAUAUCAGCUGAGUACCCUGAAUUCAGCAACAAAGAUAAGACAUUAGUUUUCCAAUUUACUGUUAAACAUGAACAGAAGCUUGACUGUGGUGGUGGAUACAUGAAGUUGCUCAGUGGUGAGGUUGAUCAAAAGAAAUUUGGUGGUGAUACCCCAUACAGCAUCAUGUUUGGACCUGAUAUCUGUGGCUAUACCACCAAAAAGGUCCAUGCUAUUCUUACACGAGAUGGAAAAAAUCACUUAAUUAAGAAGGAUGUUCCUUGUGAGACUGACCAGCUAUCCCAUGUUUACACUUUCAUCCUCAAGCCAGAUGCUACCUACAGCAUCCUAAUUGACAAUGUUGAGAAACAGACUGGUAGUCUGUACUCUGAUUGGGAUAUUCUCCCUCCAAAGAAGAUCAAGGAUCCUGAGGCCAAGAAACCUGAAGAUUGGGAUGAGAAGGAGUACAUUCCUGAUCCUGAAGAUGAGAAGCCAGAGGGAUAUGAUGACAUCCCGAAGGAGAUACCAGAUCCUGAUGCAAAGAAGCCUGAAGAUUGGGAUGAUGAGGAAGAUGGUGAAUGGACAGCUCCAACCAUUGCCAACCCCGAGUACAAGGGACCAUGGAAGCCAAAGAAAAUUAAGAAUCCCAACUACAAGGGAAAAUGGAAGGCACCAAUGAUUGACAACCCAGAGUUCAAAGAUGACCCAGAGAUCUAUGUUUUCCCCGAUUUGAAGUAUGUGGGCAUUGAACUCUGGCAGGUGAAAUCAGGGACCUUGUUCGACAAUGUCUUGAUUUGUGAUGAUCCGGAGUAUGCAAAGCAAUUGGUAGAAGAAACAUGGGCCAAGUACAAGGAUGCUGAGAAGGCAGCAUUUGAUGAGGCAGAGAAGAAGAGGGAAGAGGAGGAAUCAAAGGAGGACCCAGUUGACUCUGAUGUCGAGGAUGAAGAUGAUGCUGAUGCUGAUGCUGCUGAGGCAGAAGACUCUGAUUCUGAAGCCAAAUUAGAAUCAGAAACAAGCAAGGAAGCUGACAGUGAUGAUGAAGAAGACAAGCAUGUAAGUUUCUCCUUUGAUUACUGUUUGAUAUCCAUUAUCUAUUAAAUAUCCGUCACCUUAUAUCAAUUUCUUAUGUUCAUGAUUGUAGGAUGAGCUGUAGGGUGAGCCGACUACAAUAUCAUGCUGACAAAUUGGUCUUGAAGAUAAAGCUUGAGCUCAAAGAAUUUUUCUUUGUUUUUUACGUUUUUAUUUUAAUUUUAGUUGGUAGGGGGAGAAAACAGUUGAGGGCUGGAUGCAGUUAGACUGCUUGGCUGAUUGCCUUAAGAACACAUUGGUUGUCUUGAGUUAUUAGGUGGGGGACUAAAAGGAAAACCAUUUAUGCAGUGUAAUGGUGCUUCCAAUGACGUGAAAUUUUUCCUUAGAAA